UUGAAGCUCUGUUUGUCUGAGCCUCAUUACAUAGGGACACUCCAGAAUGGGCUGGCAUUGUUGCACUGUUACGCACGCUCUCAAGCUUGAGAGGCAGCAGACGCCGGGUUAGGGUUAUGACGUAGCUAGUUCUCAUCGGGAUGGACCCCUCACCUGACUGAGGCUUUGGUGGCGUGUGGUCGUCCCAACGUCACUUCAUCGUAAGCUACCGCAUGAGCUCUAACGGAUGCUAGCAUACAUAGAUUUGGCAAGAAGAGCGCGAUCCCGCUGCAAAUAGGUUAGAUUUGCUUUGAUAUACGACGUGAGUAAUGUAUAAACGUGGACAGGUCUAGAACUAUAUACCUACCGAUAUACCAUGAGACCACCCCUCCGCAAUCGGGUUUGUCAUCGCAUCUUCAUGCUUCAUUACCUGAACUGCUCUAUCGUACCUUCCUGCUUGCGACUAUCACGAUUCAACGUAUAUAUUUGACUCACUGAAUGUGGGGAAGUAUCGGCCGUAUCAUCAAAGAAGAAUCGACAUCUUUUGCCGAAAAAAACUGACCAGCAGGAAGUAGCUCGGCUGUUGCAAACGUCCCGUUCGGCAUCCGGUCUGACGACCAUCCCCAAUCACGGAGUAUUCGCACACUUGCUCUUGCAAAAUAACACCAUGCUGCAGGCAGUCGGCAACGCCCACGACAACCACUUCAUGACUUCUGAAUCCAAUUCUGUCGCCUCACUAGCGCGAGCUCUUCAUGAUGGGAAGAAGCAUCUGCUUCUUGCAGCGUCGGGUUCUGUAGCCACAAUCAAACUCCCCGUCAUCGUCGAAGCCCUCGCGCCAUAUGCAGCUAAUCUUUCGAUUCGUAUCAUCCUGACCAAAUCCGCCAGCGAGUUCCUCAACGGCCAAAGUGAUGAGCAGCCUACCGUCUCGUCCCUGCUUCAUCUGCCCAAUGUCGACGCAGUCUAUCGAGACGAGGAUGAGUGGGGGCCGCAGCCUUGGAAGAGGGGAGCGAGUAUAUUGCAUAUCGAGUUUGUGACCUUUUACCCCUGGACUUACUCCGAAGAUGUGGGUGAUCUUAUUCAGUUGGAUUGGGACGGGGUGCUGACGGUAGGAAUAGGGGCUGAUAUGCUUGUCAUUGCUCCUCUAAGUGCAAACACCCUCGCCAAGAUCGUUAACGGCAUGUCUGACAACCUUCUCACAUCCGUUAUACGAGCCUGGGAUACCGACGGUUCGAUUGAUCUCAAAAAGAAAUACAUUGCCGUUGCGCCAGCCAUGAACUCGGCCAUGUGGAGACACCCCAUCACAGCAAAGCAGAUUCGCACCUUACGGGAGGAGUGGGGCGUCAGAGAGACACUGCUCGACCCAGACGGAGCUGCGAGACUGAUCGAUGGUUGGUUUCAAGUUAUCCCGCCCAUCUCCAAGACCCUCGCUUGCGGCGAUACAGGAGAUGGCGCCAUGGCAAAGGUUGAGACAAUCCGCGAUGUCAUUGUACACAGAAUGAACUUGACAUGGCCGCAUGCCCAUUGAGGCGAAGGAGGUUGAGCGUGGGGAAGCAUGUUGGCGCUUUGGGAAGACUGGCAUUCGUUGAUAUCAAUGAGUCUGUCUGUUGGUACUCAUCAUUGCACAUAUUUAGCUUGGGGGGACUGGAAGCCUGGUGUAGUGGAAACAGAGGUCACAGCAUGAAGUCGUUUGGUUUGAUUAUAGAAUCUGAUCAUAACUCUCAGAAAUUGUUGUGAGAUGCUCCGAAAAUAAAUACAGAAAUGGUAACA